GUCUCAGGCAGUGCCACAAUCUGUCAGCAUGUCAGAGCUCUAAGGAUCUUUCUUACACAGAGGCUGAAAUGAGCUGAAGUCAACUCUGUUUGUUUUUAAUCCUCACGUCCAUCGAUCUGCUUCUCCAGCAGUGAGAUCUUUUACUCUACGAGGAUGCGUCUCAGCGUGAAGGCCUGUCUGCGUCUGUUAUGUGGAAUAUCUGUUUUGUUUGCUGUGGACGGGGAGAACACUUCCAUCACAGAAACAAGCAGCAAGGCGGCUACUGCUGCACCAAACACGGCAAACAUGCUGCUCACCUCUGCACACAAUGAAUCAGAGACGCAGGCUGCAACCUGGAAUCGUUCUGCAACUCACAAUCCUGCAGAAGUCACGGCAACAGCUCACACCUCUGUGUCACACACAGCAGAAACAGAGGAGGCAGAUGCAAGCAGCUCAAACAGCAGCACGGCCGGUUUGGAUGUUGUGACCACAGCAGCAGCAGCAAGAAGCUCAGGUCCACCGAUGCUUCAUACCCCAACAGCGGUGACCGCAGCUCAGCCUACAGGUGAUGCACAACCUCCCCCAAAUACGACAACCUCUGAAACGGUGAAACCUACAGAGGAUGAGACACAGCGACGAUCAUCCACCACCUCUACUGACAUGACUUCUCCUGAAACGACCUCUGCAACGUCGCUGCGCCUCACGUCCACGACUAAACCUGAGGUUACAUCGAGUUUAUCUCCCAGCACCACUUCUCAGACGACACACACCAUCAGCAGCGCCUCAUCUUCUACUGUGACUGUAACAAACGCUGCCACUGAGGUAUCUGACCCCACUUCUCUACCUGUCACGACAACAAAGACCCUCACCACCAGCAGCUCUGAGAUUUCAGCCUCGUCGCACUCUCCCACUGAGUCUCCCACCGACGGCUCCUCCAUCUCCACCUCCGUCGUCUCCACCAGUCCGGCAGGUAUCUUUCCCAAGAGGUUGCCAAUCCAUUCGACCACACCAACUACAGCAAAGACAGCAGCACCUUGUAAAGUCUCAAAAGUCCCACCCAGCACCUCUGAGGUCCAGCCCUGCUCUACCCGCGGCGCGAUGAGCCACUGUCUCAUCGCCAUCGCCUCUCUGGCUGUGCUGGCCUGCAUCUUCAUCGUCUCUACCGUCAUCCUGUGCACCAAGCUGUCAUCGAGGAGGUACAAGGUCCGGAGGCCCAAGGAGUCGACUGAGAUGAUGUGCAUCUCUACCCUGCUGCCCGAGGAGGACUUCACCUACACAAGGCACCGCACCCCCAUCGCCAACGGCGUCCUGGUGUUCCCCGCUGGCCGAGACAGCGACGAGGAAGGAGGAGACAACGUCACCCUCAGCAGCUUCCUACCAGAAAACGAUCGUUAUGUUUAGAGACAUUUGUCAGACCUGCAGUUUAUGGAAGGACUGAGGAAUUAUUGACCAGUCAAAGCUCUUUACAGUCACAGUCAUUCACUUUACGCGGCGCUUUUUCGUAUCCAGCCCAGACGUUAGGGCCAGUUUGGGCUCCAGCAUCUUGCCCAAAAGAAACUUCAGAAUGCAGCCUGGAGGAGUCAGGGAUCGAACCGCCGACCUUCCUCUCUACCUCCUGAGUCAAAGCCGACCUAUUAGACUGAUCAGCCUGAUGUCAGAUGUGAUCAGCUUGUUGCUGAUGUGGAGACAGUUGCUGUUUUAAUAAUAAACCAAUGCUUCCUCUUUGAUGUUGGUGGUUAGGCUUCAGUGCAGGCUCCUGCAGGAAGUAGAGACAGAAACCACACACACACACCUUGUUUUAUUAUCUUACACUGAAGACUGAACACCUGGAUGAGGAGCACGAUCAAAGAUUUAAAUUUUCUGAGCCUUGAUGGUAUUUCACUCAGGAAGACUUGUUUUGUCACAGACACUGGUCUCUGGUCCCUGUGAGGUUUUAUCAUGUGAAUGGAGUAUUUUAUUUUGACUGAUGACAAACUGUAUGUGUCUCUGAACGUGUGAAUGUUUGUUUUGAAAUGCAGUUUCUCGGAUAAUUUAUUAAAAGAGCAUCGUAUUUAAUGUUUUAAUUCAAUGCUUUUUUUUUUCAUGGCUCUGUUACUGCCUCAUAAUUUUUCACAAACUUCCUGGAAAGAAUUCUGUAAUAAAGAAAAAGGUCAAAAACA